CGCCCCAAAUCUCUCCUCCUUUGAGCUCAAAAUCAUGGCGCGCGCGGGUCUCCAGGACAACAAGAUAUAAACAAAGCUGUUCCUAGUAAGGACCUGUGGUGUGAUUCUCCUCUCAGGGAUUUUUUCACCGUUUUCUUUACAUCUUCAGUACUCACCUGAGAAAAGCUGACACUUCAGAAUGCCUACAGGGACCAAAAAUACAAAGUCCCAUAGUGCCAAACCUGGGAAAAAGAGUGUCAAAAAGCAUCCAUCUAAGAAAAGGUCAGCGAGUACUACAUGCUCAAAGCCUGCGGUGGAUAUUCUGAGCCCAGCUGCCAUAGAGAAUGCCUACUACAUCUCCCAUAAUGUAGUGGACUGUCUGGAGUUCCGAGGCUUUAGCUGGCCUAAAGCCACUAAAAAAAAAGAAAAGGGACAUAAAAAAAAGAAGGGAAAAAAAUAAGGAAGUCUGAAUGUAAGUGAUAAAAAUCGAGAUGAAUCGGUAGAUGACAUUGUCAGGUACAUCAAUUUUGAACAUAUGCUGUAUCUUUUUAAAUGAACCCAAGCCAUCUUUCAUGUGUGUGUGUAAUGCUAAUGCUAACUACUGUAUUUCUGGAAUGAAUUUCUGCAUAAUUUCCAAAUCCAUUCACUGGCCUCUUGAAAUGUUGGUAUUGAUUAAUAUCCAGCAUAUUCUGUUUUUCACAGCGUUGUUGAAUACAGUGACCAUUAGUAGUUCAUGCUUUCUUAACAGAGAGGGUACACCUAAGCAAUACAACAGUGAGUUGUCAAAAUGAUGAUUAUUCAUGAUUCUAUAGCAAGGAUGUGUACAAUUGACUUCAUAGAAGUUAAUAAAAUCUUCAGAAGUU